CAAAGCAAAUCACUGGCUGCCGCCGGACUCUGUUCAUGGGCCAUCAACAUUGUCAACUUCUACAAGAUAUAUUGUGAAGUUAAGCCGAAACGAGAUGCUCUGAACGAAGCCAACGAAGAACUGCGUAUGGCCACGGAAAAGUUGGAGGCGAUCCAGCGUCGCAUUCGUGAAUUGGAGGCGAUGUUGAAGGACUUGACGGAUGAAUUUGAGCAGGCUUCAACUGACAAGAAGCGAUGUCAAGACGAAGCUGAGUUGACGUACAAAACAAUUGAAUUGGCCAAUCGGCUGGUUGGCGGUCUCGCCUCUGAGAAUGUACGUUGGGCAAAUCAAGUUGAAGAGUACCGAAAGCAAGAGCUCACUUUGCCCGGUGAUGUUCUACAGACGACAGCCUUUCUUUCUUACGUUGGCUGUUUCACUAAAAAGUAUCGCAAUGAACUGAUGGCACAACAAUGGCUUCCAUAUCUGACCAAUCUUCAUGUGCCCAUUCCAGUCACCGAGGGCAUGGAUCCAUUGACGUUGCUAAUAGACGACGCAAUCGUGGCAACUUGGAGCAACGAAGGUCUACCAUCCGAUCGGAUGUCUGUGGAGAACGCCACCAUUCUCACCAGCACCGAGAGAUGGCCUCUCAUGAUCGACCCUCAACUGCAGGGCAUCAAAUGGAUCAAGACUCGUUAUGGCGCCAGACUUCGAGUCGUUCGAUUGGGCCAGAAAGGCUAUCUUGAUGCCAUCGAGACUGCAGUCGCCUCAGGCGAAGUUGUCCUCCUCGAGAACAUUGAGGAGAGCAUAGAUCCUGUACUGGAUCCUCUGUUGGGCAGGAAUACUAUCAAAAAAGGCAGGGCCAUUCGACUCGGCGACAAAGAGGUUGAGUACAACCCCAACUUUCGGCUCAUCUUACAAACGAAACUGGCCAAUCCUCACUACAAACCGGAGAUGCAGGCACAGGCGACGCUGAUCAAUUUCACAGUGACGCGAGACGGUCUUGAGGAUCAACUUUUGGCGAGUGUAGUUAGCAAAGAACGACCCGAUUUAGAACAGUUGAAGGCCGACUUGACAAGACAGCAGAACGAGUUCAAAAUUACCCUGAAGGAUCUAGAAGACUCUCUUCUGGCCCGUUUAUCGGCGGCCGAAGGCAACUUUCUGGGUGACUAUGCACUCGUGGAGAAUCUGGAGACAAAUAAACGAACGGCCCUUGAGAUUGAGGAGAAGGUGGAACAGGCCAAAGUGACUGAAGUGAAGAUCAAUGAAACUCGUGAAUUCUACCGUCCAGCUGCAGCCAGGGCCUCGUUGCUCUACUUCAUUCUCAACGACCUCAACAAAAUCAGUCCAAUGUACCAAUUUUCGUUGAAAGCUUUUCGAGUCGUAUUUGAGGUGGCCAUUGACCGUGCAGAGCAGAAUGAAGAGGUGCGUGAACGUGUGAAAAAUCUGAUCGACUCAAUCACCUAUUCAGUGUACGUUUACACAUCGAGAGGCCUCUUCGAAAGGGAUAAGCUAAUUUUCACGGCUCAAAUGGCCUUCCAGGUGUUGAUGAUGAAUCAUGAGAUAGACCCCAAAGAGCUGGACUUUCUGCUGCGGUACCCGAUUGUGCCGAAUUGCAUCAGUCCGGUCGAUUUCCUCACCAACACAGGCUGGGGCGGCAUCAAAGCGCUGGCCGGAAUGGAAGAGUUUCGCAAUCUUGACCGAGACAUUGAAGGCUCUGCGAAGCGUUGGAAAAAGUUUGUUGAGGGUGAAUGCCCUGAGAAGGAUAAAUUUCCACAAGAAUGGAAGAACAAGUCGCAAUUGCAGCAUCUUUGCAUGUUACGAGCCCUGCGACCGGAUCGAAUGACCUACGCUGUAACUGAUUUCGUUGGCGAAAAAUUGGGCCACAAAUACGUUGAAGGCGGUCAGCUGCCCUUCUCAGCCUCCUAUGAAGAGUCUGGCCCUGCGACGCCCAUCUUCUUUAUUCUUUCGCCCGGAGUCGAUCCGCUCAAGGACGUUGAGGCGUUGGGCAAGAAGCUUGGCUUCUCCGGUGACCAAAAAAACUUUCACAACAUCUCACUUGGUCAGGGUCAAGAGGUCGUCGCCGAGACCGCUAUGCAGUUAGCCGCUCAACAGGGUCAUUGGGUCGUUCUGCAAAAUGUUCACCUUGUCGCCAAGUGGCUGGCCAGCUUGGAGAAACGCAUCGAGGAGUACUCAGAGAUGGGACAUCCCAAUUAUCGUCUCUUUAUCAGCGCUGAACCCGCCGGAUCUCCAGAGAGCCACAUCAUCCCACAGGGGAUUCUUGAGAACGCCAUCAAAGUCACCAAUGAGCCGCCCACCGGUAUGUUUGCCAACUUGCACAAGGCGUUGAACAACUUCACUCAAGACACUCUGGAAAUGUGCAGCAAAGAGGGCGAGUUCAAGACGAUCCUAUUCGCUCUCUGCUACUUUCAUGCAGUGGUCUGUGAGCGUCGCAAAUUCGGCCCACAAGGCUGGAACCGAUCGUAUCCCUUCAACACUGGCGACCUGACCAUCAGCAUGAAUGUACUCUUCAACUACUUGGAGGCGAACAGCAAAGUGCCUUGGGAGGAUUUGCGCUACCUUUUCGGGGAAAUUAUGUACGGAGGCCAUAUCACCGAUGACUGGGACAGACGACUGUGCAAGACCUACUUGGAAGAGUAUCUGGCCCCAGAAAUGCUGGACGGUGACCACUUUCUAGCCCCGGGAUUCGCGUCUCCACCCAACACCGACUUCAAAGGCUAUCAUACCUACAUCGACGAGUGUUUGCCGCCUGAGUCGCCUUACCUUUAUGGCCUGCAUCCUAACGCCGAGAUGGAGUUUCUCACAAACACUUCGGAAAAAUUGUUCCGUACCGUCUUUGAGAUGCAGCCUCGUGACGCCGAAGGCGCCGGAGCCGGCGGUGUCAGUCGUGAGGAGAAGAUUCAAUCCAUUCUGGACGAGAUCAAUGAUCGUCUGCCGGAGGCCUUCAGUCUCAGUGAACUGCAGGCCAAAGUACCGCCGGAAGAGCGGACGCCGUACGUGGUGGUCGCUUUUCAAGAGUGUGAACGUAUGAACCUGUUGCUGGGGGGGAUGCGUCGUAGCCUCAAAGAGCUGAGUCUUGGGCUGAAAGGAGAGCUGACCUUCACGCCCGAAAUGGAAGCGUUGUCGGGCGCCCUCUUUCUCGACUCCGUGCCCGACUCUUGGACCAAACGAGCUUAUCCCAGCCUCUACCCUCUGGGCCUUUGGUAUGCCGACCUUUUAGGUCGUGUCAAAGAGUUGGAGUUAUGGACCACGGAUUUCCAGUUGCCCAACACCGUGUGGCUCGGUGGUCUAUUCAAUCCACAGUCCUUUUUGACGGCCAUCAUGCAACAGAUGGCUCGUAAAAAUGAAUGGCCUCUCGAUCGAAUGGUGCUGCAAUGUGAUGUCACCAAAAAGGCACGAGAAGACAUGACAGCACCUCCACGAGACGGCGCCUACACUCAUGGACUCUUCAUGGAGGGCGCCAGAUGGGAUGUUCAGACGAACUUGAUCGCUGAAGCCCGUCUCAAGGAGUUGGCUCCAGCCAUGCCGGUUGUGUUUCUGCGCGCAAUUCCUGUGGACCGACAAGACCUACGCGGCGUCUAUCCCUGCCCGGUGUACAAGACGAAGACUCGAGGCCCCACGUUUGUGUGGACCUUCAAUCUGAAGUCGAAAGAGCGACCUGCUCGAUGGGUGCUCGGAGGCGUUGCCCUUCUCUUGCAGGUCUAG